AAGAGUAGCUGUUUGGACCCUGAGCCGCGUUUCCUGAACAUGAGUUUUUCAACGACCGCGGUUACAGGGAACUCAAUAUUCCCGCGAAAUUCAAAUUCAAGACCCAAGAAUUCUCAAAACCGGAAAGAAGUCAUCUCUCUGUUACAGAAAUGCAAACACGUUUAUCAGAUUCAACCAAUACAUGCCAAAAUCAUAAGAAAUGCCCAAGGCCAAGACCCAUUUGUGAUCUUCGAGCUUCUUCGGCUUUGCUCCAACCUCAACUCCAUCGACUACGCCAACAAGAUUUUCCAGCAAACUAAAACCCCAAACGUCUACCUCUACACUGCCCUCAUUGAUGGGUUUGUGUCGUCUGGUUGUUACCUUGAUGCAAUUCGCCUUUACUGUCAAAUGGUGAAUGAGUUUAUUUUGCCGGAUAACUAUGCCAUCACCUCUGUGUUGAAAGCUUGUGGCUUUGGGUUGGCUUUGGAGGUGGGCAGAGAAGUCCAUGGCCAGGUUUUGAAGCUUGGGUUGUCAACGAAUAGAUCAGUAAGGAUGAAGCUUAUGGGUCUUUAUGGGAAGUGCGGUGAAUUUGAACGUGCACGGCAGGUUUUCGAUGAAAUGCCUGAAGGGGAUGUUGUUGCUUCAUCGAUUAUGAUUACUUCUUAUGUUGAUUAUGGAUUGGUUGAGGAGGCAAAUGGUGUUUUUAAUCGGGUUAGAACAAAGGAUACGGUUUGUUGGACUGCAAUGAUCGAUGGACUGGUUAGGAAUGGAGAGAUGAAUAGGGCUUUGGAGAUGUUUAGGGAGAUGCAGAGGAAUAAUGUGACGCCUAAUGAAGUUACCAUUGUUUGUGUUCUAUCUGCUUGUUCACAGUUGGGAGCGUUGGAGCUGGGGCGAUGGGUUCACUCUUACAUGGACAAGUAUGGCAUUGAAUUCAAUUACAUUGUAUGUGGUGCUCUGAUUAAUAUGUAUUCGAGGUGUGGUGAUAUUGAUGAGGCAGUAGAAGUGUUUGGUAAGAUGCAAGAGAGAGAUGUCAGUAGUUAUAAUUCCAUGAUUGAGGGGCUUGCUAUGCAUGGGAAGAGCAAUGAGGCAGUUGAAAUGUUCUGGACAAUGACAAAACAAGGGCUUAGGCCAAAUAGCAUUACUUUUGUUAUAGUAUUAAAUGCAUGUAGCCAUGGAGGCUUGUUGGAGUUGGGAUUUGAGAUAUUUCAUUCCAUGACUACUCGUCAUGGCAUUCAACCACAGAUAGAACACUACGGAUGCAUGGUUGAUCUUCUAGGUCGCUCCGGUCAGCUUGAAGAGGCAUAUAGUUUCAUUACAAAAAUAAAAAUGGCACCAGACCAUAUCAUGUUGGGAGCUUUGCUAAGUGCUUGUAAAAUCCAUGGAAAUCUCGAAUUAGGAGAACGGGUAGCCGAAAUCUUGGUAAAUUGCGGCGAUGCUGAUUCGGGAACUUAUGUUCUGCUAUCAAAUGUAUACUCUUCAUCGGGGAGGUGGAAAGAGGCUGCACAAGUGAGAGCAGAGAUGAAGGAAAGUGGAACUCCAAAGGAGCCUGGUUGUAGUUUGAUUGAAGUGAACAAUGAGAUCCAUGAGUUCCUUUUGGGAGACCUCAGGCACCCGAAAAAAGAAGAAAUCUACAAAAAGUUAAAAGAGCUAAACGAUGAACUAAAAUCUGAAGGGUACUUGCCUGCAACAGAGGUGGUUUUGCAUGACAUUGAGGACAGGCAAAAGGAAUGGGCUCUGUCAAUACAUAGUGAGAGGCUUGCCAUAUGCUACGGGCUAAUCUCUACAAAACCAUGUACCACUUUGAGGAUUGUGAAAAAUUUAAGGGUUUGCAAUGACUGCCACUCAAUGAUCAAGUUGAUAGCUAAGAUUACCAAGAGAAAGAUUGUUGUAAGGGAUCGCAAUAGGUUCCACCAUUUUGAGAAUGGGACUUGUUCUUGUGCUGAUUAUUGGUGAAAGAAAAAGCUUAAUACUAACAGCAAUAUCAAGUAGAUAUCUUGUUUCGUUACCCUGGAGUUACAAGUUUUCAUUUAUGUUUUUUUCUUUUUAUGGAUACUUGUUUUUGUACUUGGUUGAUUGUGCAGAACAUUUUAGGUUGGAACAACAUUGGGCACCCCUGAUAAACAUG